UAAGCCCUUUUCUGGUGUCCCCCGCCGUGAUAUUGCUGGAAUAUUACUAAAAGCGGCGUAAAACCAAACUCAGUCAGUCAGUCAGUCUGACCACACAGUAUUUUGAUAAUCAAAAGGAUCUAUAAGUGUCCUGUGUAAUCGAAACCAUAAAUCACGGACGUAAAGCACCACGUGAUUACAGUGAGAUAAUGCGAGCGUGACUACCGGUUCCAUUGAUUGCUGAUAAGACCCAAGUGGCACCGACACAGUGUGGAUAACAGCAGCAUUGCCUCACCGUGCUGCCGGCUGAUAGGAGCCCCAAACUCGGGAGACGCCCGCUGCCCUAGUGUCGCCAUGUGGUGGAGAGUGACCCCGAGAUAUUCUGAUCCUGUACUGUGUUUAAUCCUCUUGCUCCUGACCAGGGGUGACUCUGCAGAUACAUCCAGGUGUCGUCCAGACACGAACUGCACAGUCCAGGCGACACUCCCCUGUGCAGUUCGAUCUACACAGUUUUGCCCGAACCAGAUCCAGAUGUUCUCUCGACCCCCGGGACAGCUCGCGUGGCCAGGCAAACCACGUGACUUUGAGGUGAAGGCCGUGGAGAUACAGUGUGAUUUGGCGAUUGUGUCCGGUCUCUACUUCCGGUGGAAACCCCCACAAGACAGUAGUCUGCACCACAUGAAGGGGUUCAAGUUGACGGUGACGGCGCUGGACGGAAGAUGGAGGGGGGAGCUCCCCCAUAUGUCGACUGUUUGAUCUGAGGAACGCCUCCUGGUCUAUUCAUGACGUAGAUGUAAAUUUCACCUUCAGUUUGUAUCCACUUCCCAACAACACGCAAUAUUCCGUCAUCCUUGUCAGCCUGCCACAGCCGGAAGUACAACACCAACCCGAAAUGGGCUACCACGUGACUGUUUACAUUCCUCCAAUAGGCCCCGGCGACUGGCGGAGUUAUAUUCGUACCUCCGUGGACGAGAACAAGCUUACCGUCAAUUUCAGCCUGGCUCCCAGUCACUACAACUUCAUACAGUAUGACGUCAUACUGAGGGGAAUAAGUAACGACACAUCUACCCGGCACACCCUAAAGGUUGGGGGUAGAGUCAAGGCACGGGGCGGAUUUAAGCAGACAGUCUUCUACGAUGUCCCAGCGGGAAGGUAUAGAGUUGAGGUGAUGCCUGUGGGCGGAGCGUGUCAGUUCGACUGUUCCAUGACAGUGAAAGGUCCAAUCUUAGUGGAGCAACGUCAGCAACAAUCGGAACUGUCAGUGGACUGGACGCCACGCAUCAACGUCUCUGUUGACGCAAACAACAACGUCACAGCGACAUUUCACGCCGCCAACAACGGCGACAUCACCCAAUAUAACGUGAUACUCUCCGGCAUCAACACCACCAACAAGCGGCAGCACGUCCUGCAGCAGGACCACCACAAUGUUUUGAAAACAACGUUUCGGAACGUUUCUCCUGAGACUUACAGAAUUGGGCUGCAACCUGUGGGCGGACUGUGUGAGAUAGUCUGCAACAUUGUGUGGAGUAACAGCACCUUCACAGUGGCGCCUCGUGUACAGGCAGAGCGCAUGUCCAGCCGUUUGUCUGGUUCAUCCGAGUCUUCUAAUGACGUCAUCAAAACCGUUUUGGGGUCGGUGCUGGGGGUAUUUGCUGCGUUACUUCUGUUGCUGGUCUUCGCCUUCUCAGUGAGGAACAGAGGUCGAGGACCUUUUCGUGUUUGGAAAAGUGGAAGUAACUCACGUGACAGCCAAGAGCCAUUGACAGCAGCUAAAGGUAGCAAAGGCAAAGCUGGAGCGCAGUUACUUCCCCUUUAUCGGCGAAAGGUGUUUCUGUUGUACACGGAGGAUCACGAAGCCCAUCGUAAACUUGUAGGCACAUUCGCCCACUAUCUACAAACUUACUGUUUCUGUGACGUGUUGCACGUUGAUUGGUGUUUCAAUGAUCUCCGUUCCCUGGGGCCCGAAACAUGGAUCAAGAAGUGUAUACAGGAAGCAGAAGUGGUACUUGUCAUCCAUUCUAUCGGGACAGCCAAUCAAAUCCAAGCAUGGAGAAGGGGAUUGAAAAUAAACACAGAACACUCAGUGACGGGGCGACUUUUUUGAGGAUGCUUUGCCAUUGAUAUUUCAUAAUGGCUCCCUGACCAACAAGUGCAUAGGUCUCCAUUUUAGGAAUGGUAAAAAAAUAAAUAAUAAUCUGCAAGGACAGUCGCAUAUAUAUAGUUUAAUGGACCAAUUUAAAGACUUCGUUUAUGACGUCCAUAAACUGAUGUCACAUGAAUCGUCAUAUGAUCUUCCUACAGACGUGGACCAUUCCGGAACGGAAGAAGGGAGACAACUCUUACAAGCAAUUCGAAACGCUGAGUUAUAUGAAGAAGCCAAUGUACAAUGGACUGAAACUGUAUAUGAUCAAACGGAAGUGACAUGCUCUGAAGAUGUCACUCUGGCAUCGUCCGGAUAUGUUUCGCAGGAUAGGUAUGACUUUUUUAGAACCGGACGAGAUCACAGAGUUUGAAGGAGAUGGUAUUUCCAUCGGUAAAGAACUAAGAGACAUCAACGCUAUUUACCUGACGUAGCGAAAUGGAGGGAACAUUAAUAUAUAUUAUGGUCGGGUUGUAACGUCGUUUUUCUACGCUGCACGCUUUGACUUGAGUGUGUACGUGACAGUGCCUUGAGAAGUAUGUACUGACAGGUUGAAUUAUCAUUGAAUCACGUUAUACCUAUCUCGGGAUGUACGACUCCGCUGCAUGUUAAGUGUGCUCUCGGAAAAGCCGGAAUAUUAUUGCAGAGGGACGGACAGACAGAGGGACGGACAGACGCGAGCGACAUCUUAUCUGAUCUUGUCUCUGUGUUUCAAGCCGUGAAGGGACUCUUCUCUUUUGCACCUGUGGGUGUGAAGCCCAUGUAAGACUCCUGGUAUUAAACAUAUGUCUGAGAUGGAA